AUGGCAGCAUCGUUCAGGUGGUUGUUACAACUCCACAAAGACGUUCCGAAAGCCGCUCGUUUCUACUCAGAAGGCUUAGAUUUCACCGUCAACGUUUGCACUCUCCGUUGGGCGGAACUUCAAUCCGGUCCUCUUAAGCUUGCUCUCAUGCAUUCACCAAUUGACCAAAACAUACAGAAGGAAUAUACUUCACUGCUAUCAUUUACAGUGACGGAUAUCAAUAGUACUGUGACUAAACUUAUGGCAUUAGGAGCUGAACUUGAUGGACCUAUCAAAUAUGAAAUCCAUGGAAAGGUUGCAGCUCUGAGGUGCAUUGAUGGACAUGUCUUAGGCCUCUAUGAACCUCUUUAA